AUUGUUUAUUAUAGGUACAGAUUUAUGUAUAUAAACGUAGGCACCCCUGGACGGUGCAACGAUUCCCACAUUUUCGAGAAAUCUGCUUUGAAACAGCAUCAUCAAAACCCUAUCCCUACGCACUUGUCUACGCAAAUAAACGGAGUUAACGUUCCAGUUGUAAUGCUUGGAGAUUCAGCUUUUCGGUUUUCGGACAUAUUAAUGAAACCUUAUCCAUAUAGAGAGAAUGCUAGCUUCAGUGAAAAAAACUUUAAUUAUGCCCUGUCUAAGUGCAGAAGGGUAGUCGAGAAUGCAUUUGGUCAUCUCAAAGCUAGAUUUAGAAGAAUUGGAAAAGGUCUUGAUAACCGAAUUGACAAUGUAAAUUUAAUAAUUAAAUGUGCUUGUGUUUUACAUAAUUUUUUAAACGAGAAAAACGAUUGCAUAAACAAUCGCUGGAUGCAACAAUUACGGGAGCAGGAGGAAACCGUAGUCCGACCGCAGCCGGAGUUUAAUUGUACCCUGACUGAUAAUAACCUCACAGCGGAAAAUAUAAGAUCUGCUAUAGCAAUGUUCUUAGUUAGACAGCCACUACCCGCUUGAUUUUCGACGCAACUCUUAUAUGUUGCAACUAAGUACAUAUUGAUCCAGGUAAUAAACUAUCUACCUGCCAAAUUUCAAGCAAAUCCAUUCAAACUCACAAAUAUACAAACUUUCGCAUUUAUAAUAUUAGUAUUAA